AUGGAGAAACCCUUGCCGAGAAAGUUCAAAAUGCCCCAGAUAAACCCUUAUUCAGGCAAGGACGACCCCUAUGAUCACGUGCAAAAUUACGAAUCUUUAAUGAUGCUGCAUGGAUGGGACGAUGAGAUAAUGUGUAGGGCAUUCCCCUUAACCCUAACUAGGCACACUCAGGCCUGGUUUAAUGGUUUACCAGAAACAUCCAUUUCUUCAUUCAGGCAGUUAAAAACGGAGUUCAUUAAGGCAUUCAUUAUUAACAGUCAAAGAAAGAAAGACGCAACGUACCUUCUUAGCAUUCAACAAGGGCAUAAGGAAACCCUACGUCACUACGUGGACAGAUUUCGGAAUGCCACGCUUGAGAUUUGCAAUUUGCCUAUUGAAAUGGCUAUGUCCGCUAUGUUCCAAGGGACAAGACUACCCCCUUUGCAAGAAUCAUUAUCUCUAGACCCGCCAAAAUCUUUGGCACACCUGUUUGUUAGAGCCAAUAAGUACGUACUCCACACAGAGAUGAUGAGAACAAUAGGGGGAAAUGAAGAUGGAGAAAGGAAAAGAAAAGAGCGAGAUCAUGAAGAAGGAUUGAAUCAGCAAAAAGAACAAACCAGGAGGUCGGAUGCAGUUGGACCACAAUUCCAUCAUUACACUAGGCUCAAUCAACCCCGGUCAACUAUACUGGCAGCAGUAGAGGGGUCGGGCCUUCUCCAGCUUUCGAAGAAGGUAGACCGUCCCAUGGGGAGAAAUCAAGAAGAAUACUGCAGGUAUCACCGGAUUCGAGGGCACUCUACUGACCAGUGUAGGGAGUUAAAAAACCAGAUUGAAGCACUCAUUCGGGAAGGGCACUUGUAA